UGCGUUACAUUAUUUAACGAAAAGACAGUCUUUGGAGUAUAAUUACAUAAGGAUUAUUAAUUUGAUUGCUCUGGAUAGUAAACUACUAGGAACGCUGGAAUCAUUUUGAUAAGUUGAAUGAUUGGCACCGUGACUAUUGCAUCCUCAGAGUACCACGUAUAAUCAAAUACAUCAUCGUUGAUAAUUGACUAGAAGUGUCUGAUAUUAACCAAUUUGAUUAUUUGGCCAAUAAUGUUUGUUAUUGUAUUGCUAUCAUUUGUUUUUAUAUUAUUGGUGUGUAACUAUUAUGUGCAUUAUGGAAAAAUCGGACGACUUAUUAACCUAAUACCAGGACCAUUAUGUUAUCCAAUUAUUGGAAGUGUGUACGUAGCAAUUGGUUCACGAGAAACACUAUGGAAGCGUAUAAUUACUGUUAGUGAUAAAUACUAUCCCAUUUUCAAAAUUUGGGCAUUCUUUGUACCCACAAUAUGCAUUCGUUAUCCGGAUGAUCUAGAGACAAUACUAAGCAACUCGAAACAUAUAAAAAAGAGUAUUCUUUAUGAUGGUUUCAAACCUUGGAUCGGAACUAGUAUUUUGAUUAGUGAAGGCGCGAAGUGGCAUUCACAACGAAAGAUAUUAACUCCUACAUUUAAUUUUAAUAUACUGCAACGAUUUGUCGAGAUUUUCGACAAAGAAAGCAAAAACAUGAUAAAGUCCUUGGAAAAUGCGGAAGGCACAGUUGUAAAAAAUUUAUCACCUUUUAUGAGUGAACACACGCUGAAUGCAUUAUGUGAAACUGCUAUGGGAAUUUCUCUAAAAGAUCUCGGUGAGUUCCAGCAACAGUAUCUAAAAGCAGUUCGUCGAAUGGGCGAGCUUUUUGUUUAUAGAACAAAAAGACAAUGGCUGCAUUCUAACUGGAUAUUCUCAUUGACACCAAAAGGCAGAGAGCAAGCGAAGAUUCUAAAAAUAUUACAUGGAUUUACUGAACGAAUUAUUGCCGAAAGAAAACUUUAUCAUGAACAAACUAAUGGUCAAUAUUUGAAAAGCUUGGACAAUGAUACAUCAGCAGAAGAAGAUGGUGCAAAAAUGAUUGGAACGCGAAGGAAGGGGCUUGCAAUGUUGGAUCUUCUCAUAGCGGCAUCUCGUGAGGGUCUCAUGACUGAUUUAGAGAUUAGGCAGGAAGUUGACACCAUUAUGUUCGAGGGCCAUGAUACUACAGCAUCAAGUUUAUGCUUCAUUUUGGCAUUAUUAGCUGAACACAAGGCCAUUCAGGAUCGUGUCAGAAAUGAAGUCAAUAUUGCUAUGCAAGAGAAUGAAGAUAAAUUAACUAUGAAGUUUUUGCAUCAACUAUCAUAUUUAGAAAGAUGCAUAAAAGAAGCGUUGCGCUUGCAUAAUGCCUUAUUUCUUAUAUCUCGCAUAUGUGGAGAAGAUGUAAAAUUACAGUCAUAUUUAGUACCUGCUGGCACCAUCCUGUUUAUCGAUAUUAACAACGUCCACAAAGAUCCCAAUUUUUGGCCAAAUCCAGAAAUAUUUGAUCCUGAUAGAUUUUUGCCCGAUAGGAUAAGAAAUCGUCACCCUUACUCAUAUGUGCCAUUCAGUGCUGGACCACGUAAUUGUAUCGGUCAACGAUAUGCUAUGCUGCAAAUGAAGAUGAUGGUAGCUUCUUUGAUACAUCAUUUCUAUUUGGAACCCGUUGAUUAUAUAAAGGAUGUUCGACUGCAAGUUGAUCUCGUAGUUCAUCCUCAUCCACUUCGUGUACGAUUUGUUCCUGUUUUGCAAAAAUAAUACAAACAUGAACAGGAUAUAAUCAAUGGAUAUAAAUACUAUUAUACCUGGAUAAAUAAUCCUGAAUAUAAAUACUAAC